AUGGUUGUGUGCAGUGAAAAAGGCGAUGAAUUGGUGGAACGAAUUUUAGGAGCUUCUGAGGAGCAGCAGACUCGAAGUUUGGUUUCCGAGCCAGAAAAAUCAGGUCGUAGUGGUAGUAGUGAACGUUUGCUUGCUCAUCUUCUGGUUGGUAAUGCGCUGGAUUCAAACGCUAUUCGAGCACGAUCCGGUUCACACAGUGAUGAAGUUGGCGAAAGUAAUAUAUGA